AUGGACAGACUGAGGGAACGAGCCGACGCGCUGCACCGCGCAAAUAUACAACUCCGCGAGCGUCUCGAGCAACGUGUUGCGGACCUCGAACAUGCGCAGAGUGAUUGGAUUAGAGCGGAGGACGAGAGUUUGAGAUUGAUAGCGGAUAAGUGGAGCUUGCUGGGCGAUAACGGGAGGUUCUUGAAUAAAUACCUCGAUGCAACCGUACAGUUCAACCUUAACGUGCAACUCAUCCAAGGAAUGUGGCGCCGUCGCCAAAGCGACCGAGAGGAGAGUCUCAGACUCAGAGACGAGAGCGAAGUACUCCGCCAGGAGGUUCGAAGGUUCGGUCGGGCUGUGAUACAUCGCGGCUGUGACGUCCUCGAGGAGAUGGACGGCAACGUGGCCGCUUUGUUAGAGCAGGCGGUUCAUCUCGUAGAGCUAGCGGAUGGAGAUGAGGAGGACAAGGAAGGACAGGUGGGCGAUAACCAGGCCCGUACAGGGGCAGAUGAGGGUACCGCUGCAGCUCAGGAAGAACCUCUAGUUGGCUUUGAUGGCGCUGCGCCUUCGAAAACUCCUACUUCUGCUGCAGCCACCUUUGGCAGCACCGCCUCGACGGACCCCGUUCGCAGUGGUGACAAUCGUAAGAGCGGCUCGGACGAUGAGCUGCAGUUUCGUAUGGAUGACCCGUAG